UUUUUUUUUUUUUUGAGAAACUAAAGAUGGUCACAAACUUGCUACCGAUAUGAUCUUCAGUAUCUUAAUUUCUGUAGAGAUCAAAUUCAGUAAUAAUAGUGUCGCUGAUGUUUAUCAAAAUACUUUUAUGUUAAAACGUUUCCUUUAUUUGAAAUGUAUUUCCCUUAUAUCUAUCUGUAUAUAAUUUAGUUUAGGAAACUCGUAAUUUUAUCAAGAAAAUCAUCUCAAUUUAAGUCGAUCGAUCGUCUUAUUCUUACUUUCAUGGACUUAUUAACGUACCAAGAAGAAUUUUAAAACGAAAAAAAGUUUACAUACAAACUGAAAACUCUGUUGCAGUUCUGUAGCCAUUAGAUGAACGUAGCCAAAUCUAUAACCGUUCAUAUGUGAAGUUCUGUUAUAAAGCGUUUAACUGUUUUUCUAAAAAUAGACGUUUAAACCGCUAAAGUCAGAGUCCGCCGUCGUUGGCCCUAACGUAGAUCGCAAGUUAUUAAAUUUUCUAGCUGUUCCACAUUUCUCUUUCUCCUUUAUCUAUUGUGAUAUACCCAGAUCGAUUCAAAGCCCAAGAAAAUUUCUCCGAUCAGAUGGAUUCUCGAGGUUCUUCAGAUCAAGACGAUGAACAUAUCGUCCAAGUUAGACAAGCUCUGAUGUGUCCCGACGGAGGAAGAUUCGAAGGUCUCCGAACGGCACGUUUCUUGAAUUACACAACAACCUCCAUAGAGGACGACGUUUUCGAGCUUCCUCUCGACGCCUUCGUGACGUCAGAACCAGAGAAACUCUCCUUCUCCGGAUGGGGCUCUCCCUCGGUGAAUUGGAUCGAGUGGGUGAACGCCAUGGCCGAGUCCAACGCCACGAUGUGGCGUAGAUCAGGAGUCUACGACGCGAUCAUGGCGUCGCGUUACCAGAUAACGAAGCAAGACGAUCUGAUGACGGCGCUGGUGGAGAAAUGGUGCAUAGAGACUAACUCCUUCGUGUUCCCUUGGGGAGAAGCGGCGGUGACGUUGGAGGAUAUGGUCGUUCUCGGUGGGUUCUCGGCUAUAGGGAACAACGUUUUGGCUUCGGUGAAACGAGACUCGAUGAAGUCUGUUGAGGAGAAGCUGAAGAGAGCGAAGCGUGAGAUUGAGGCGAGUUCGAUGAAGAGAUGUUGCGUUGGUUUGUGGAUGAAGGAGAUGAUGAACUCUGGGAAUGAGAUUGAGCAUGAGGCGUUCGUGAUUUCGUGGCUUUCACGUUUCGUCUUCCCUAAUUCAGGUGAUCUCGUGAGGGAGAAGCUCUUUGCUGCUGCGGUUCAGCUCGCUAGAGGUGUUAGGCUUGCGCUGGCUCCUGCGGUUCUUGCCGGGAUCUACAGCAGUCUUGGAGUUUUGAAGAAGCAACUUGUUGGUGGGUCCGGAGAGGAAGAGACGGUGGUUACUGCUACAUCCCCGUUUCAGUUUGUGCAAGUGUGGGCUUGGGAGAGGAUCAUAGACAUACGGCCACCAGGCCAGCCUAGCCAGCUAAAGCCUCACGAGCCAAGAAUGGCUCUAUGGCACCAUCACGGCGGUGGUCAAGAGGCAAACCAGAGUCUCAAAAGUAUCCGAACCGUUCUUGAUUCCGCCAAGGAGAGUUUCCAUCACCGUCCGUACACAAAACCUUUGAAGAACUUCAAGUUCCCUAAGUUCUACUUAGAAGAUGACUGUUGGGUGUCUUUGGAGGAUGAAGACAUUGUGGCGUUCGGCCGGUGUUUGAGAUGCUCUAAGCUGGUGGGUUUGAACUGCAUUGAGCCUUAUUAUCCUCACCGUGUAGCGUUGCAGUUUGGUUACGAUCAGGAUGUUCCUGGAGUAGUUCCCGUGGUGCUGACCGAGUCGCCGGAGCUGGCUUGGAAGGAUUAUAUAAGACCGAUUACAGAUGAAAUGAUUUACAUUCCGUCUAGGCUCCGGCGAGCUGAUGUUACGGUUAAGUAUAUAAGAUGGUGGAAACAGUCUGUUACUACUCUACAGGCCAUGGCUAAGAGAAGUACACAUAAGGUUCUGAAAGAGAAACCCACAGAGACAACAACUUCAACAACAACAAUGGUUAAAUCUUCUCCUCCUAGAACCUCUAAAACAGGAGGAGUAAAAUCAGAGUUGAAGGGAGGAACUUUAAAGACAGAGAGUGAUAAAAGCAGCUCUGCAAAGAGUUUCACAGUUGACAAAGACUCCAGGAAGAUCAGUGGAUGA